CGGCGUCGUGACGCCAUCGCGCGCUCGCGGGCAAUGUUUUUCCCACACGCACCGCGUCGGGCAAUGUUUUACGCGGCCUGUCAAGGACGCCAAGAAGUUACUGCCUUUCUCCCUCUCAGCGCCUCAGCGGCGUUCCCGUCUCCUCGUUCUCUCGCUCACCCGGCUCCGUCGGCCAUGAACACACGAGCCAGCGCGCCAAGCACCGGCCACCGUCUCCGGCCUUACCUGACCUGACCUGACCGGCUGCAUCGAUGGUUCCGCAAAUACCCGACCCCUGCGACGACGAUGGCCAAGAUCACCGGUGCCCGCCUGCUGCGGCUCUACCUCCCCCGUGGCCUUACCCUCCUCUUCCUCCCCCCGCCUCCCACGGCCGCAGCACCUUCGUCACGGCUCUCAUCAUCGCCACCUCGGUGCUUGUCUUCCUCGCUCUCUGCCUCUCCAUACUUGUCUUCGUCCGGCGCAGGCGGCUGCGGCGUCGUCGAGAGGCGCUCCUUGAAGCCGCCUUGGCACCGGCGGCGGCCGCCACCUUCCCCGACGAAGGCGAAGGCGACGGCGGUCCCGGCGGAGAGGUCGUGCACCACGUGUGGCACAUCCGGACCGUCGGGCUCGACAACGCGGCGAUCGAGUCCAUCGCGCUUACGCGGUACUGCGCCGGCGGCGUGCUCGGCGCUUCCGACUGCACCGUCUGCCUCGGCGAGUUCCAGGACGGCGAGCUCCUCCGGCUGCUCCCCAAGUGCGCCCACGCGUUCCACGUUGAGUGCAUAGACACCUGGCUCCGGGCCCACGUCAGCUGCCCGCUCUGCCGCGCCGACGUGAUGGACCCAGGCGCCGCGGCCGCCGACGCCGACGCCGAGCAACCCCCGGGGACCGACGCCGCCGACGCCUCGGCCGAGCGAUCCGCAAGCAAUACCCCAACCACGGAACUGGAGCGGCUCGAUCAGCAGGCCAACGAGCACCACCAAGAGCUGCGAGUCCAAAUCGAUCAGCCCGACCACUCCAGCUCGCUGGAACUGGAACGGCGACGUCGGCAGGUUCGGCACCACGGAGCACGGGCACAGAACUUCCGGCGGGUGGCUUCCAUGGACUCGCGGUCGCCGCCGCCGGUGUCAGCCGAGGUCGAUCCUGAAGGCGAGCCGGCCGGCCGCGAGGAGCAGGGGACAUGCGGUGCUGUUUGCUGCGAGGUGUCACCAGAGCCUGCUGAGCUGAAGAGGUCAUGGUCCGCCAGCAGCCGGUGGACGCUCCUCUAGCGGCAUUGCCGCGCACGCAGCUCGCUCCUGCCGCUGUGAUGGGACGGAAGAUCUGUAUCUUGUUUUUUGCCUGCCACUGAUCACGCUUGUUUCUGCUGAUACUCUGUACAGUUUUCAAUUUCAGCGCGGAGGUUCGCUGAACAGUCACACCUGCAUUGUGGUGUUCAGCUUGCUUGUUCUUUGCAAGAUUCAGAGGAAUGCUUCGGCUGCUGUAUAAAAACUCAAAUAUGUCCUUCCUGUAACUGAAACUCCAUCUGUUUUAUAUUUCUUUUUUUCUUUAUCCGAGCUCAGCGUAUCUCUAACUGGAACUUGAAACUGUUUCGAUACGAAAGUGAUCUGUAAAUAUUGAUAUGAUUUUUACCAUUCGGCAUGAUGA